GCAAAAAAAGAAGUAAAAUGCGUGCAUGUAAAAGCGUGUCGUGUAAUUAUUUCGGUGUAAUAUUACACAAAUAUCAUGGAACGCCGCUGCGAUUUUUGUCUAACACUGUUUACACUCGAAAUGUGUAAUUUCACGAAAAUUUAUGUUUAAUAUUACUAGUGCGGUUAGCGCCUCAAUUCUAGCUGUCAAAAAUGGUUAGUCUUCAGAUGUUUACCUCUUCCGACAAUUGAAAAAGAAACUUUUACGCAAAUAAAAGUUGUGCAAAGUGAUCAAAACCGGAACCACCGUCGCUUGAAACUGGAGCCUAUAACGAGCGAAUGCAAAGGAACCUACCGUCAUACACGGUGACCGAUCCGGUUAACUUCGAGUGGGACGCGUUGGUCAACGUGCUCGAGGGUGUCCUCUCGCAAAUUCUCAUGGUGACCGAGCGGUCAUUCGUCGCAGCCGAACUUUACUUGAUCGAGGAAUUGCUCAAAUACCUCUCCAACUCCAACGACCCGCUGAUCCUGUCCGUGCUGCUGUUCUGCAUUUCUUCUCUUUUCGUGUCCCUCAGCAUGUCAUCCUGCCAGAUCACGGCAGCCGUGUCAGGCGUCCAGCUACUACCACUGAUCCUGGACAAUGUAUCGCCAACUGGACCAAUCGACUUUGUCAGCUUCAACAAACCGCCCAUCGCAACAACCUCGGCUAUCCGGACCGCAGCACGCGCGGUGGUUGUGUACUUCCCUUCUCCUUUCAACGUACCGCGAGUUCAAGGAAAAGCUGCUGUCGUCAUGCAAGUGGCCGGCUUCAAGACAGCGGUCCAGCAGAUCGGAAACUUAGUCGCCAACCCUGUCGCUUCAACGCUCAAGGCGCGCGUCAUCAACAACAAGGCCAAGGCCGCGAUAGCCGCCAUUAAGGACAUUGCGAGCACGCCAUUGCCGAAGCGCAAGCGAAAAAUCAACGGUUCCGGCGACGUGUCAACGCUAGAUCUGGAUAUCUUUUCGCCGGUGCGUCUCAAAAUCACACCUGCUGAACUGCCCCGUAACGGUGGCGUUAACUCGGGACACUUCCAGGAGGCGGCGCAAAGUUGCUACAAAUUACAGCUGGUGUUCGGCAACUGUGGCGUCAUUUCGGUCAACCUCGUCGUCAAGGGCUACGUGGAGAUGGUCGGCGUUGCCCCGGAAACGUCGCAGGACAUCGCCGAAGAGAUCAUAUUCAAAGGAGGCCGGUACCUGGAAGCACAAGUAAGCGUUAAACGUGGCCCUCGCGUCAACCCAGAUUUUUACUUGCUUUUUUCUUGUCACGACCAAACACGAGGGCACGCUGAUCAUCCUGGCCGGCUGCGAUUGCUGUUCGAAAAGUGCCAGACCUGCUUCGAAGCCAUCUCGCGCAAAGCGACUAAGAUUUACCUGGUGCUGCAGAUAAUUCACGGCGUGACGCUGGUUUGGCCGGCAUCGCGGAGCGGCUGA